GGAUUCGCUGUAGGGUAGCAGAUCAGGGUCUUUGUGUUAAAGCUUCUCUCCUCUUUCUUCAUUACUCUCAGACGUUAGCUUAGGAAUCGUCCAUUCUCUCACAGCCCUUCCUCUGUGUUUCCCUCCGCUUCCACGUCUGUUCAAAGCCUCAGAGCAUUGCCCAUUCCCAGAAUCCAAAUAACUGAUCUCUCCACCCCUCCUCACGGCCAGAAAUGCCGUCCCCAUCCACCCUACCAACCUCCAACCUACCAUCCACAAUCCCAGACUCCAAGCCUCUUCCUCGAAUUCUCUGCAUCCACGGCGGCGGGGUCAACGCCUUAAUCUUCGAGGCGCAAUCCCGGUCCCUGGUUCGCCACCUUCAAUACUCCUUCCGCCUUGUGUGGGUCGACGCACCGUUCUUCUGCGACCCGCACUCCGACGUCAUCCACGUCUAUGGUUCUUAUGCACCGUUUCGGCGGUGGUUAAGAUGGCUACCAGAACACCCUGAGAUUGACGAAGACAGUUGUAUUGAGGAGAUCGGAUAUGCGAUACGCACAGCGAUGGAGGACGAUGACAGGGAUGGCGGGAGCGGAGAAUGGGUGGGAUUGAUGGGGUUUAGUCAGGGGGCGAAGUUGAGUGCUAGUUUGUUGCUUGAACAGCAAUCUCGAGAACAUAAAGCUAAGAAAGAAGGAAAGGAUUCUAUUAGAGUUGGACCGAUUGGGGUUCCUGGGCUGAAUUGGCGGUUCGGCGUCCUUAUUGCAGGCCGCGCACCGCUGAGCAAUCUCAACCCUGAAGUCCAGCAGAGUCAAGCUCUUGUCUCUGCAGCGAAUAUUUCUGAGGGGUUUGCGUUUGUAAAAGAAGUUGAUGAUGAGGCGAUUUUAAAGAAACCGACGAUUCAUGUGCAUGGUAUGGCAGAUGCGGGAUUGCAUUUACAUCGAAAGUUGUUGAACGAGUAUUGUGAGAAGGGAACUACGACGUUGGUGGAGUGGGACGGGGCGCACAGGAUUCCAAUCAAGAGUAAGGAUGUCAAUAGGGUGAUGGAGGCCUUGUAUGAUGUUGCGGAGAAGACGGGGGUUAAGGUCACGAGGACAGUUUGAAUGACCCUAAGAUUCCGGGGGAUUCGCACGAAUAUAGUGUUGGGAGUUCUGUCUGAUUCCCUAAAUCGGAUAGGGACUCUAAGUCUCUAAGAGUAGGUAUUUUGCAAAU